AGUAAAAUUGCAAAGCCAUGUUCGUCAAAUGUGUAUUCCGCUGCAGUCAUAUAUCCAUCAUAGAUAAUACGAGCGUUUUUAUCUGGCAUAUGUAGAAGAAUAAUACUAACAAUAAGUAGAUAAUGCUGACGAAUUUUUAAUAAUUUGUAAUCAUUUUAUAAUGCAACAAUGGCGUUUCCGUGAGUUUCUAUGUGAAAUCUAUUUUGAUUGGUCCCACGUUCGAAUAAUAACGAGGACUCGAGGCUCGAGGUGUCAUUGUUAUUGUCAGCUGUUGUGCUAACCGAUCCCACACGACCCACACUCCUGAUUCCUGCCACAGCCACAGUGAGUGAGUGAGUGAGGUAUUGCGUUAUCGUAAGUUUCGCGUGAUAGCGUGUGCUCUCUCAAAGAGCGGAAACGAGAGAGUAAAGGGGAGAGGAAGAUAUACUAUCUUAUAGGAGUACCAGAUUUGCCAAACCAGGUUGAGUUGGCAGUUGCAUUCCAGCCACUACACGUUUGAUCUGCGUUCGUGCGUUCUAACGGAAUUAAUAUUAACAGUCAUGGCAUUACCACCGGCCUUGGAAACUUUAUUUAAGUACAUAGACGAGCAUAAACAGGAAUAUAUAGAUAACUUGAAAGAGGCGGUAGCUAUCAAAUCCGUAUCAGCAUGGGCGGAUCACAGAGACGAAGUGAUUAAAAUGAUGAAGUGGGGAGAAGUGAGGUUGAAGAAUCUUGGAGCGACUACGGAAUUAGCUGACGUAGGCAAACAGCCUCUCCCUGAUGGCAGUGAAAUCCCACUCCCUCCUGUACUACUCGGUAGUCUUGGCUCAGAUCCGAAAAAGAAAACUGUACUUUUGUAUGGACAUUUGGAUGUACAGCCUGCGCUAAAGAAGGAUGGAUGGGAUACCGAGCCUUUCACUCUUAUUGAAAAAGAUGGAAAACUUUUCGGUCGAGGCAGCACAGAUGACAAAGGGCCGGUUCUUUGUUGGAUACACGCAUUGCAAGCUUACAAAGCAACUGGGAUCGAUAUCCCUGUUAAUCUCAAGUUUGUCUUUGAAGGAAUGGAAGAAAGUGGCAGUGAAGGUUUGGAUGAACUUCUUUGGGCAAGGAAAGACAGCUUUUUAAAGAACGUAGACUACGUUUGCAUAUCUGAUAAUUAUUGGCUGGGCACCAAGAAACCAUGUAUCACUUAUGGUCUGCGAGGCAUUUGCUAUUUCCAAAUAGAAGUCAAUUGCGCUACUAAGGACUUACACAGUGGUACCUUUGGUGGAUGUAUAUAUGAAGCUAUGGCAGAUCUCAUUUACUUAAUGAAUACCCUGGUCGAUGUCAACGGUCGCAUUUUGAUAGACAACAUUUAUGAUAAUGUGGCAGAAUUGACAAAAGCUGAAUUAGAUAGUUACAAGGAUAUAGAUUUUGAUGUAAAUGAAUUUAGGGAAACAGUUGGAACUAAACAACUAGCGCAUAAGGAAGAUAAGACCAAGAUCUUAAUGCAUCGUUGGAGGCAGCCCAGUUUGUCUAUUCAUGGGAUAGAAGGUGCUUUCAGUGAGCCAGGAGCAAAAACAGUAAUUCCGAGUAAAGUUAUUGGCAAAUUUUCGAUUAGAAUAGUGCCUAAUAUGACUCCGGAUAAGACGACCGAGAAGGUUAUCGCUUAUAUAAAUAAGAAAUGGCAAAGCAGAGGUAGCCCAAAUAUUAUGAACGUGAGCAUGUUCCACGGUGGCAAACCAUGGUCCGAGAAUCCCGACCAUCCGAAUUACAUAGCUGGCCGAAAAGCAACUCAACAUGUUUACAAUGUAGAACCCGACCUUUCUCGGGAAGGCGGGUCGAUACCAGUUACCCUGACUUUCCAGGAAGUUACUGGUAAAAAUGUAUUGCUCUUACCAGUCGGCCAGGGUGACGAUGGUGCACAUUCUCAAAAUGAAAAGUUGAAUGUAUAUAAUUACAUCCAAGGGACAAAACUACUUGGAGCUUAUCUAUACGAAGUAGCUCACGUGUAAUAUUUUUUCUGUUAGCAUUUGCUUAUCUGUGGAAUAA